UCUGCGCCUCCUUAGAUGCUUUUCUUCAGCCUUCGAAAGUGUGCGAGGGUUUAUUGAUAAAAGCUGCUGGAAAAGCUCGCCGAUGCUGGAGGAUGACACGGUGCGCAGAGAAGCAGCAUCUCUUUAGCUCAGAUUUAGAGAGCGAAAUAAAACUUAAAACUUAAAUGAAGAUGGAAAGAAGAGAGCCGUGGUGAGGAUAUCCUACAGACAUGAACAUUUUCGAGCACCACGGGCUGCACCAUGCCCACCCGAACCACAGCCUGGGCGUGCAGAUCGGAAACAAAGCCGCCUCCGGGGAAAGGAGCUCUGCGUCGGGAUGCUACGAGCAGCUGUUGAUCUCCACCGAGGUCUUCAUUACGCUAGGGUUGGUCAGCCUUCUGGAGAACAUCCUGGUAAUCACAGCCAUCAUCAAGAACAAGAACUUUCACUCGCCCAUGUACUUCUUCAUUUGCAGCCUGGCGGUGGCCGACCUUCUGGUGAGUGUAUCGAACGCGACGGAAACGGCAGUGAUGGCGCUAAUAACUAACGGCAACCUGACCAUCUCCGGAGACGUAGUGAAAAGCAUGGACAACGUAUUUGACUCCAUGAUCUGCAGCUCGCUCCUGGCUUCCAUUUGGAGUCUCCUGGCCAUCGCCGUGGACCGCUACGUCACCAUUUUCUACGCCCUGCGCUACCACAACAUCAUGACCCAGCGCCGGGCGGCAGUCAUCAUCGUAUGCAUCUGGAGUUUCUGCUCAGCAUCUGGCGUACUCUUUAUCAUUUACUCCGAGAGCGCUACGGUCCUCAUCUGCCUUAUCAGCAUGUUCUUCACCAUGCUCGCGCUCAUGGCAUCGCUCUACGUGCACAUGUUCCUCUUGGCGCGGCUUCACAUGAAACGCAUCGCCGCCUUGCCGGGGAACGGCCCUGUGUGGCAGGCGGCCAACAUGAAGGCCGCGGUGACGCUCACCAUCCUGCUCGGGGUGUUUGUCGUGUGCUGGGCACCGUUUUUCCUCCACCUCAUUCUCAUGAUCUCUUGCCCCAGGAACCCGUAUUGCGUCUGCUUCAUGUCGCACUUCAACAUGUACCUGAUACUGAUCAUGUGUAACUCCGUGAUCGACCCACUUAUCUACGCCUUCAGGAGUCAGGAGAUGAGGAAGACCUUCAGGGAGAUCUGCUGCGGCUGGGCGUCGGGAUGGAGCUGCAACUGGAGUUGCGUCGGCUUUAACGAGAGGCUCAACAGCUAUUAGGUCAAAGAUCACAAAGAAUAAAGACGCUCGUUCGAAAUAACCUGACCCGAAAGCUUUUAAAUCACUUGUUUGACUUUGAACUGUGUAUUUUCUGUUUUUUUUAUUUAUUUCUGCCUUUCCUGUCCUUUCCAAGAGGUGGGUUAUGUUUGCUCUAAAAUCAGGAUACCUUCAUGAUUCAGAAGAAAAAUCAAUGCAGUCUUGCAGGGACGACCUGGAAUCAUUGUGAUUAGUCGUUGUAACAUAUCGAUUGAGGUAACUGUGGACUUUGUGUCAAACAGCCAGCUUCUUCCUAAUGCCUAGAUAAUGUCUUAACCCUCAUCGUCUCUCUGCUUAGAUUUGUUCGCUGUAAUCAAAUGACGGAUUUAUAUUGUGUCGAUUCAAAUAGCCGUGGCUCGCUACGCCACCUCAAGCUUACGUCCUUGCUUUUAAGUCCAGGCUGUAAUACUGUGUAUCACUGUGUAGAAUAUAUUAAUGAGUAAUAAACCCUCGUUAAAAAAUAACACCUAAUAAUCCAUCAUGGUUAUUUUGUUUCAC